AUGGAUGUUCUGCCAAUGAAUUUCAAGAUAUUUCAACUAUUUGGAUUGUGGUCGGAAUCAAACCGUUUCUCGUCGCCAGUGACGACGACACGCCCCUGCUUCCCUUCAAGACCUACCAACUGUACGACACUUCGAGUGCGAUUCCUUACGCCGCGUCCUAUAUUAUCCAGGCGACUUCGGCUGGCCGAACACGUCGAUCGGUGUAGUGCUAAGAGGCUCGGCGGAAUUAACGGACCGAAGGAAGAAGCCCAACGUUCUCUGGGCUCCUGCGUAGAGCAUCACGUUCUUAUAAGGAAUGGCGUUGGAAAAAUUGAAACGCUCUUCGGCGGAGUGAUCGGCAUCCUGUUUGCCACUAGUUUAAUCACGCUGUGUACGACUGUAUAUCAGAUAUCGAAGCAAGACAUGCCGAGUGUCCAAUUCUUUGCACUGCAACUCUACCUGGCAUGCAUGCUCUUUCAAACAUUCUUCUACUGCUUCUACGGGAAUGAACUCCAGUCGAAAAGCAGAAGCAUAGGUGACACAGUAUACAAGAGUGACUGGAUUAAAUUUUCUCCAAAGGAAAAAAAAAGUCUAAAGCUCAUAAUCCUCAUGAGUCAACGGGAACUCAACGUUUCCUGUAACGGAAUCUUCAUCCUGUCUCUUAGUACAUUUAUGUGGAUAAUAAAGACGUCUUACUCAGCCUUUAAUCUUCUUCAACAAAUAGCGAAUUGAACUUUCCGAUUCGUAGAAUGCACGCAGGAGGUAUUCAAUCCUAAAAAAUUAAUAAAGAUUCUCGGCUCUCGUUCGAUUUAACACGAU